AUGUUCAGCUUGGAUGCUGGACAGGUGGAGAUUGAAAUUGUAACAUUGCAAAAUGACCUCCACCUCAAAGCCUAUCAGGCUCUGAGCUCUCUCUUUGUGUUCCUUUUCCUCUGCAGAAAUUUGUCAAAGAAUCCUCUCAGCACUCUGUCAUGGCAGCUCUUCCAGCAUCUCCAAAUCUCUGAGCUGCAUUUGGAUGGUGUGGUGUUCGACUGUGGCUGUGAUAUCCGUUGGAUCCAGCUGUGGCAGCAGAGAGGAGAGGCCGGACUCCACACGCAGCAGCUGUACUGCAGGAAUGGAGCUUCCAAGAUACGACUGCACAAUAUGUACAUCCACAACUGUGACUUACCAGAGAUCAGUGUGAGCCAUAGUAGUGUUUUGGUCAUGGAGGGCGACAAUGUGACGGUGAGCUGCAAUGGAUCCGGAUCACCGCUGCCUGAAGUAGACUGGACUGUCAGCGGCUUGCACUCCAUCAACACACACUUGUCCAAUGUGUACUGGCCGAACAUCCACUCUAUCAACCUGACACUUUUCAACAUCAGCGGAGAUGACAACAACUUCCAGCUGACCUGCAUUGCAGAAAAUGUAGUGGGAAUGACUAACUCUUCCAUUCAGCUCAACGUGCAGUUUCCUCCAGUCAUUCUGAGACUGGCAGAGCCAGAGCAGCGCCACUAUACCUGCAUUGAGUUCACAGUUAGGGGUUACCCCCACCCCAAGCUGCGCUGGUUCCACAAAGAGAAGGAAAUUCUCCAGAAUGACUACGUUCGAACUGAGAUGGACUUCUACCAGGACUAUCUGGAGGGCUGUCUGAUCUUACAGAACCCAACGCAUAUCAACAACGGCAACUACACUCUGGAGGCCAGCAAUCCCCUGGGAACAGUCACCAAGACGGUGUAUGGGCAUUUUCUUGUAGACCCGGGCAUCAUUGAUGAAGUUCCUUCAUUGCCGUCAGAUGGCGAUUCAGGCCGACCAGAUGAAGAUACAUUUGGGGUUUCCAUUGCUGUUGGUUUGGCGGGCUUCGCUUGCGUCCUCCUCCUCAUCCUCUUUGUUCUAAUCAACAAAUAUGGUCGGCGCUCCAAAUUUGGUAUGAAAGGUCCAGUAGCUGUAAUCAGUGGUGAGGAAGACUCUGCCAGCCCUCUUCAUCAUGUUAACCAUGGGAUUAUUACCCCCUGCACUCUGGAUGCGGGUACUGAUGCAGUUGUCAUAGGGAUGACUCGUAUUCCCGUGAUGGAUAAUCCCCAGUACUUCAGACAUGGACACAACUGCAACAAGCCAACCACCCUUGUGCAGCAUAUAAAGCGGAGAGACAUCAUCCUGAAGAGGGAGUUGGGUGAAGGAGCAUUCGGGAAAGUGUUCCUGGCAGAGUGUUAUCACCUCAGCCCCACCAAGGACAAGAUGCUGGUAGCUGUCAAGACUCUGAAAGAUCCCAACCUCUCUGCAAGGAAGGACUUCCAGAGGGAGGCAGAGCUGCUGACCAACCUGCAGCAUGAUCACAUUGUUAAAUUCUAUGGAGUGUGUGUAGACGGAGACCCUCUCAUCAUGGUAUUCGAAUACAUGAAGCAUGGGGACCUCAACAAAUUCCUCAGAGCCCAUGGCCCAGAUGCUAUGAUCCUAGUCGAUGGCCAGCCGCUGCAGUCCAACGGAGAGCUGGGCCUUUCCCAGAUGCUGCACAUCACCACCCAGAUUGCCUCAGGCAUGGUUUACCUGGCCUCCCAGCACUUUGUUCACAGAGAUCUGGCAACCCGCAAUUGUCUGGUGGGCAAUGGCCUGCUGGUCAAGAUUGGAGACUUUGGCAUGUCCAGGGACAUCUACAGCAGCGACUACUACAGGGUUGGAGGACAUACCAUGCUGCCUAUUCGCUGGAUGCCCCCAGAGAGUAUCAUGUACAGGAAGUUCUCCACUGAAAGUGACGUCUGGAGCUUUGGAGUCAUCCUGUGGGAGAUCUUUACCUAUGGGAAGCAGCCCUGGUUUCAGAUGGGUAACAACGAGGUUAUUGAGUGCAUAACCCAGGGUCGGGUUCUGGAGAGGCCAAGGAUUUGUCCUAAGGAGGUGUAUGACAUCAUGCUGGGCUGCUGGCAGAGGGAACCACAGCAGCGACUGAACAUUAAGGACAUUCAGAAGGUCCUGCUUGCCAUGGGAAAAGCCACGCCUGUCUACCUGGACAUCCUGGGCUAGCAACGUAUGGCCAGUUUCUCAUCAGGCAUACAGAUAGCCUGACCCAUAUGAAUCCAGGAAUAACCAAACCAACCUGCUCCACUGUCGAAAAACACCUACAAUGUUUGGGAAGGACUUAAGUGCCUGCAACACUUUUGGAUAUAGUGGAUAUAACAUGUUAAAAAAACACGCACUUUAAAAUUUUGUUUACUUGCAUAAGAUGUACAGAUUUAAAGAAGACUUUUUUCCUCAAAAAAAAAAAGGACUGCAAAAAUACACAAAACCAGAGACAAAAGGGAAGUAAUGUGGACUCUCAAUAGGAAAAUGGCCACAGUUUAUUUAUUAUAGAGAGAACACAGAGUUAGAAUCUAUUCCGGGUUUGGUUUUUUAAAUAUAUAUAGAAAUAUUACAUAUAUUUUCUAUUUAUUUCUUUUUGUCAAAGUGUUGGGAGGUCUGCCAUGUGUGUUGUGAAGGGCUCGGCCCUGUCUGAAGAUGUAACCGAAAAACUAGUGGCAGGGGACUGACGAUGGAAGCCUUACUUGCACUCUGAUUGGCUGGCACUGAGCUUUUAAUGGGAAUGCUGCUUCUGUGGAUUAUACACUGGAUGGCUGAAAAAAGAAUCCCUCUGCAGAGGACAUGUCCAAUCAGACAACCGGCAAAUCUAUUUUAAUUUAAAUAUAAUGUACAUAGUGUAAAAUUCUAUGUGUCAGAAUUAUGUUAACUUAUUUUUUCGGACGUUAUUUUGACUGAUUUUGAUCUGACUGUAAUCUGGGUGGCUAUAAAGCUAUGGUAUUUGUUUUCGUACUUAUCUAGAGGAGAAAAUCUUUGGAAUUACCCGUGUCAGUGCUGGUAAGUUGUCUUAUGUGGUGAAAGUGAAUGGCAGUGAAUACAGUUUGAAAAGUCUACUGACUAAAUGUCUGUGAUUAAUGAAUCACAGACAUUUUGAAGAAUUGGGGGAGAACUUGGAGCCAUGGUUCAGCACAACACAACACAGAGGCAUCGUAUUCAGUCUCCAGUUCAUUUGCUUUUUAGGGAGAGAAGAACAUAAGUAAUAUCUUACACCCGAACCCUCAAAUACAUGCAUACAUGUGCUGUAAGAAGCUGUUUUGUCAUUUUCAGACCUUUUGGAGUGAAUAUACUUUUCCACUCCACUUAGUUACUUUUCCAUUCAUCAUUUGUUAUUUGAAGGUGUGUGCCAACCAUACACAGCUCAAGAAAAUCUCUGAAAAUGCAUUUAUUUACUUUCACGAUGAAAAUUAGAUAUCAUUUAUAAUCUGUCAGCUAAAGAUGAACAGCUAGGAGAUUGUUAGAUUACCUGAAUUUACUGUAUAUUAAAGAUGACAAAUGAGGAAACAUCUGCCCAAAGGGAAUAAAAUCCACUUACUGUACCAACAGCUCUAAGCCAUAUCCAAAAUAUUUAGAGAACUGAAAUAAAAUCAGAACCUAUGGGUUCUUUUAUAGAAGUAAGAAAAAGUCCUUCAAAAUCAAAUUCACAUUUACAGUAUCCUAAACACAAAUAACAAAUGCAGUCUUGGAGCCUUAAUCAGUAAUAUGUUGUGAGUUCCAUUCAAUCUAUCAAGAUAAGGAGGGUAAAAAUAUCUAAUACUGAUUACUGAAUAUUUCUAUUUUAGCCACUUUUAAUAUAUAAUAUUUCUCAUAAAUCAUAGUAUUAUUCAAGAUAGAACCCAUAGCCGGAUUAAUAGUUCAGUCUAGCUAAGAUAUUACAAAGUUGAAAAUAACUCAGGGCAUCAGUGAAUAUUAUGGACAAAGCUAAGUUAAAAUAAGUUCCCACGUUGCUGAGCUGGUACAUCUUUGAUGGGAGCUGUAGUAUUGGUGUGCUGAUAAAAGUAUACAGUGAUUAGUUAAAGUAACUUUGUUAAAAUCAUAAAGGUUUUGUUUUCUAAUCACAAAUGCUUCAGUGCAUUCAAUUUAGCUUAAUAAUAUGGAAAGUAAACCUAAAUAACAUGCUUUAUAAUUUCCAAACGAAAUGCUUAGUCUGAGACUGCACUGAGCCACAAGCACUAUGGGAAAAGACGUUAGCUCAGCUGUGAUGGCUAGCUUAAGUUCUCUAUAGCCUGUUCUAUUUAAUUUAUCUAUUUAAAAGUAUAAAAUGUAACCACAAGGUUGUCAGUCAACAUUCUUGUUCCCUAUAUAAACAGCAUCUCAACUGCACUGCUAGGCUAAGAUAACCAUUUAAUAUUGUAUGUAUUUACUGGACAAGACAUGAGAUUGGUAUCUGUCAUCUUACCUAACACUUGGCAAAGGAUGUGCAUUUCCCAAAUUACUUGUAUAGCGCCUUUCUAUGCUUUUACAGCACACUCAAAGCGCUUUCAUAUUAUCCGGCCAUUCACUCAUUCGCACUUCCAAGCACUCACGCAUUCACACACCGGUGACAUCACCGGGUUCAGUGUCUUGCUCAAGGACACCUCGACAUGUUGAC